AUGAGCACCGUCGCGAGGGGCGUGCGCGUCACCGACGCCUGGACGGCGGCCAUGGCGCACAUGACGACGGGCGCGAGCGGCGAGACGCCGCGCGCGAGCGCGCCGGCGGCGAAGAAGAGCGGGAAGAUGACGCCGCCGGGGAAGCCGCCCGCGACCGCGAUCGCGAUGGCCGCGAGCUUCGCGAUCCCGACCUGGAACGCGCCCGCGGCCGUCAGGGGCCGCGCGACGUCGACGACCGCGCGGGUCGUCAGCGCCGCGGGCACGAGGAGGCCGUGGGGCGCCGCCGACGCCGACGCCUGGCCGUCGACGACGUUCUGGAGCGACUUCUCGCCCCAGAAGAGCGCGCGGUUCGCGGCGCUCAAGGUCGUCGUCAUCGACGCGCUCCCCUUCCAGCGCAAGCUCUGGAGCGAGCGCAUCGGCGCCGGCUUCGUCGCCGUGACGUCGCCCGAGGUGCUCGCCGGCGCGCUCGCGCGGCACGCGGACGCGACGCACGUCGUGUCGUGCGUCCGCGGCCACGCGCUCGUCGACCGCGUCCGCGGCGACGUCGGCGACGGUACGCACGUCGUCACGGACGAGUGGCUGACGACGACGCUGCGCGCGGCCGACGGCCUCGCGCGCGAGGCCGACUUCGCCUGGCGCGCGCCCGCGGCGCCCGCGCCGCCGCCGCCCGUCGCGGCGCCGCGGCGCGGCGUGCUCGCCAAGUACUGCUGCCAGCGGCGCAUCACCGUCGAGGGCGACGUCAACAAGGCCGUCACGGGCGCGCUCGCGGACCAGAUGAAGUGGUGGGACAACGGCGCCGUGAACGCCGACGAGUUCCGGCUCUACGCGACGCGGAUCCAGCUCCUGCACCGCGUGGCGCCCAUCAUCAAGUCGUGGCCCGUGACGCUGACGCCCGAGAACUGGGACGACGAGCGCGAGAAGCUCGAGGCGCAGCACUACAUCUCGGCGACGUCGACGUCGGCGACGGGCGGCUGGAUCGAGUACAUCGAGCAGCUCGUGCUCGGCGGGCCCGCCGCCGUCGUCCGCGAGGACUGCUUCUACAAGUGGCAGCGCGACCCCGUGCGCCGCGUCGUCUUCGAGAUCAACGCGCUGAAGAUGCACGUGGGCAAGAAGCGCGCCGUCGACCUCGUCGCGAACCGCGGCGUGACGAGCGCCGCGGAGCUCUGCGCGCGGCGCGACGACCCGGCGCUCGCGAUCCCGCCGCACGUCCGCCCGAAUCUGGCGCUCGCGCCCGUGGGCCCGUCGGCGACGCGCAUGGACCGCGAGGAGACGGAGGCGAUCCUCGGCCGCUUCGCGGCGGCGGCGGCGGAGGUCGGCCUCGCGUCGACGGCCGUCGGCUCCUACCGGCGCGGCAAGGUCGGCGGCCACGACUUGGACGUCAUGCUCCACGCGCCCGAGGGCGCGCCGCUCGUCGCGGUCGCGGACUACGAGUUCCACGACGGCGACGGCGCGGGCUUCCGGCUCCUCGAGCGCUUCUUCGCGCGCCUCGCGGCCGUCGACGUCGGCGGCGCGCCCUUCCUCCACCCGCACCGGACCAUGGGCGGCCUCAUCGGCGCCAAGGAGGCGCCGAAGCUCGGCAUCCGCCACUGCUUCGUGCGGUCGCCGGCCGUGCCGGGCGCGUUCCGCCAGGUCGACUUCAUCCUCUGCCCCACGGAGAUCAUCGCGCACGGCCUGCUCGGCUGGUCGGGCUCGACGUCGUUCCAGCGCUCGCUCCGCGACUACGUCAACCACGCGCACGAGAAGAACUGGGCCGAGGUGCCGGACCGGCGGCCCAUCGUCGGCCGCCGCGGCUGGAACGUGACGCGCGACGGCACGCGCGUCGGCUCGCUCAUCGAGGGCCGCGAGCUCGACGAGGACGAGCACUGGGCCUGGUCCCAGAACGGCAUCGCCAUCGCCCGCGGCAAGCACAGCAGCAAGGGCAAGGACGGCGAGCAGUUCGAGACGACCUACGAGGAGUGCAACAUCAACCUCCGCACGGAGGCCGACGUCUUCCGCUUCUUCCACCUCGACUACCGCGCGCCGCACGAGCGCUGCGCGUAA